AUGCGAAAACGCGUCGUUAUUCCAAUUGCUGUUGCUGCUGUAGUCAUCAUUGCUGUUACUGUUACAUUAUCGGUGGUGCUAACAAGAAAAAAGGAUAACUCAGAAAGCACGUCCCCUUCGGGAAUGUUAUCGACACCAGAAUCUACUACUACUACCACAAAAAGAAUAUCUGCUGCAACUGUUAGGACGACGACAACAACAACAACACUUGCUAGAAUUACAACAACGCCUGCUCGAACUACAACUACAACAACGCCUGCUCGAAUUACAACUACAACAACGCCUGAUCGAACUACGACUACAUCAACAGAUGCGGUAGCAACAGACACAGCAACGACGACAUCGAUAUCUAUUACGGAAAUCGGAACAGCACCAGUGGUUACUGAUAUAAAUGGCGAUAACUAUGAUGACAUCAUUGUGUCCAAUGUUAUCGGAAACAGCAUUGCAGUUUUUAUGAACAUGGGUGGUGGCGUCUUCUCGAAUGAGACUGUUUACAGCACUACUGUUGCGCCAGGUUCAUUGAUCGUGGAUGAUAUCAAUAACGAUCAAUAUCUGGACAUCAUUAUUGUAGAUUCAUUUAACAACGAAGUCGAACUACAUCUUGGUGAAGCUGAUGGUGGUUUUUCAUCUGGGCAAAUUGUAUCGAUUCGCUCACGUCCGAAUGAUGUCAUAGUCGCUACCGUUUUGAAUAGCAAUAACAAAGAAAUGAUCGUCAUUUAUGACAACCAUAACGUAACUGAUAUUUACUAUAGUAGUGGCAUGAGUACAUUCUCCAAUUAUACAACAUUUCUCACUGGUGAUGACACUCUUCGUAUUCAAGCGGUCGAUAUAACUAAUGAUGCGAAAGUAGAUCUUGUUAUUACUCAUACAACGGGUACUAUUGGCGUGCUGGUGAAUAAUGGUGACGAUACUUUCACAUAUGAGACUCUUUUCAAAGCUAGCAUUACUCCACGGGAUUUUCAAGUUGCUGACAUGAACAAUGAUGGUCAACCUGACAUGAUCUAUACAGAUUAUUCAGAUGGUUAUUAUAUUUUAUACAAUCGAGGUUAUGGUUCGCGACCGCAAGAACUUUGGUACAGUGUCAAUGCUAAGAUAAACUCUUUCAAUGUCACAGAUAUGAACAAUGACAACAGAUUGGAUAUUAUAUUAGUACAUAGUGAUGAUCGAACAGUUGGCAUUGAAUAUAAUCAAGGAAAUGAACGAUUUGUUUAUCAACCUAUUCAACUUCAAUUGCUCUCGCUGAAUGAUUCUACUCCGAUAGCUCGUGCAACAGCAGUUGAUAUUGAUAACGAUCGCAACAAAGAACUUAUUGUGAUGAGUGACAAAGAAAUUAUCAUAUAUUCCUUAAAAUGCCAAUAA